UCACGUGACAGGGGUGGGUGUACGAUAGUUAAUGCCUGUGGAGGAUUGUGCUGGAGUUUCUGGUGUAUUGUUUUGUGUUUUUGGGUCUGAAUCAUGUCCCUGGAGGUGGAAUCGGCGGACGUGAUCCGCCUGAUAAUGCAGUAUCUGAAGGAGAACAAUCUUCACCGGACCCUGGCCACACUGCAAGAGGAGACCACGGUGUCACUCAAUACAGUGGACAGCAUUGAGAGCUUUGUGGCUGACAUAAACAGUGGUCACUGGGACACUGUUUUACAGGCCAUUCAGUCUCUUAAGCUGCCAGACAAGACACUUAUUGAUCUCUAUGAGCAGGUGGUGUUGGAGCUCAUCGAGCUGCGAGAGCUGGGAGCGGCCAGAUCCCUGCUGAGGCAAACAGACCCCAUGAUCAUGCUGAAGCAGACCCAGCCAGAGCGGUACAUCCACCUGGAGAACCUGCUGGCGAGGUCCUACUUCGACCCUCGAGAGGCCUACCCCGACGGCAGCAGCAAGGAGAAGCGGCGAGUGGCUAUUGCCCAGGCGCUGGCCGGUGAGGUCAGCGUGGUCCCUCCCUCUCGUCUCAUGGCUUUGCUGGCACAGGUGAGUGUGGUCUCUGAUGCAGCGACUCCUCUGAGCUCAUUAGGAUCUGUCAACUCUUACACAGAUUACUUGGCCUUUUCAACGGAAUUUGGACAGAAGUCCCAUGUUGAAUGUGCACGCUUCUCUCCAGACGGGCAGUAUCUGGUCACUGGUUCAGUGGAUGGAUUCAUUGAGGUGUGGAAUUUCACUACUGGCAAAAUCCGAAAGGAUCUGAAGUACCAGGCCCAGGACAACUUCAUGAUGAUGGACGACGCUGUGUUGUGUAUGUGUUUCAGCCGGGACACUGAGAUGUUGGCCACAGGCUCCCAGGAUGGAAGGAUAAAGGUGUGGAAGAUCCAGAGCGGCCAGUGUCUGAGGAGGUUUGAGAGGGCUCACAGCAAAGGAGUCACUUGUCUGAGCUUCUGUAAAGACAGCAGCCAGCUCCUCAGUGCCUCUUUUGAUCAGACCAUCAGAGUCCAUGGGCUGAAGUCUGGCAAGACCCUGAAGGAGUUCCGUGGUCAUUCGUCAUUCGUGAACGAAGCCACUUUCACACAGGAUGGGCAUUACAUAAUCAGCGCUUCUUCUGAUGGCACAGUUAAGGUCUGGAACAUGAAGACCACAGAGUGUGUCAAUACUUUCAAGUCACUGGGCACUACAGCUGGCACUGACAUCACUGUUAACAACGUCAUCUUGCUGCCAAAGAACCCUGAACACUUUGUGGUGUGCAACAGGUCCAACACAGUGGUCAUCAUGAACAUGCAGGGCCAGAUUGUAAGGAGCUUCAGCUCUGGUAAGAGGGAAGGUGGUGACUUUGUGUGCUGCACGCUGUCGCCUCGUGGAGAGUGGAUCUACUGUGUGGGAGAGGACUUCGUGCUGUACUGCUUCAGCACUGUCACUGGGAAGCUGGAGAGAACUCUGACGGUCCACGAGAAGGAUGUCAUUGGCAUUGCGCACCACCCUCAUCAGAACCUUAUUGGCACAUACAGUGAAGAUGGGCUGCUGAAACUCUGGAAACCUUAGCUGGGCUCUUUCUCGGACUAGUGGCGGGUGGGGGGCCCUGCUUUAUAUUUUCAUCUUUUUCUGUUUUUGUAGGAUAAGAUCUGGUUAGAUGUUCUUCUGUUCCCACAUAGGAGAUGCAUGACUAUUUUAUAACAGAUAUCAAAGGAUGCAUACAAUCUCUUUGAUUUUCACGUUUUUUUUUACAAACCCAUGUGUCCAUUUCUCGCAAACUGAUGGGGUAAUGUUCCUCUUUUUGUUGUAAUAUAUGAGCCGAAGUGCAUGACUUUUUACAAGAUAAAAAUGACAGGAUGUCUCAGUGGCUUCUUAAACUCUGUAACUCAUUUCUCUGCCCAUUCCAGAUAUUCAGUUUUAUUGAUUCUUGCUUUAGUGUUGUAAUGUGUGAAGCCUUUAAAGUUAACUUAAAUUACCAACAUUGUCAUGCAAUUAAAAUCUGACCAGACGUAUUU